AUGAGCGACUCUCCAGUUCUUUAUUCUUUAACGUUGCAACGACCUUCAUCAAUAUCAGCAUCGGUAGGUGGUCAGUUUAUAGAAGGCACCAAGGCUCAGCAAAUUGUGUUGGCCCGUGGUUCCUGGUUAGAGUUACUGCGCCCUGAUCUGGAUUCAGGUAAACUAGUACUCGUUCAUAGAGUCAACGUUAUGGCCACUGUAAGAAGUCUGGCGACCUUCAAAAUCGCCGCUGCUGGUCACAAUUAUUUAUUAAUGACAACAGACUCUGGUAGACUGUCUGUGUUGACCUACAACUCCAAAGAAAACCAGUUCGUCGCAUUGAAAAACGAACCUUUUGGCAAGUCGGGCAUUCGUAGAACUAUUCCUGGAGAACUGUUGGCCUGUGAUCCCAAAGGAAGAGCCGCAAUGGUCGGUGCAAUUGAGAAAGGUAAGCUUGUUUAUGUUCUCAAUAGAUCUGAGGAUGGUACGCUCUCCGUCAGUUCGCCACUGGAAAACACCGCAAUCAACUCAAUUUGUUACGAUCUUGUAGGUCUCGAUGUCGGUUAUGAGAAUCCAACUUUCGCUGCGCUUGAAGGAUCUUAUGCAGAAGGCUCGCAGCCGGCCGCUAAACGGCUGGUUUUGUAUGAGCUUGAUCUCGGAUUAAAUCAUAUCGUGCGCAAGUGGACAAUGCCCCUAGAGUUUUCAGCUGGUCUAUUAAUUGCUCUUCCAGGUGGUAUCGAUGGGCCCUCGGGUGUAUUGGUUUGCUUCGACGGGUUCAUACAAUAUUUCCACCCGGGCCAGGAUUCCGUGCUGCUCAAAUUACCACACGUUCCCGAUAAUGACACAAACUAUAUUGUUUCGUCGGUCACGCACAAAUUAAAUGGGUCUUUUUUUGUUUUACUACAAGAUCGCUCCGGCACAUUGUUCAAGCUUAGCUUUGUACUGCCCGAUGAUGAGUUCACCGCUCGUUGGGGUGGACGCAAGGCUCUAGCAAAAAUGGAGCUUCAACAGUUUGGUGCCUGUCCACCUUCGUCGUUCUUAAGUAUCUUUAAGGCUGGCUUUUUGUUCUGUGCGGUUGAUUCUGGAAACCAUCUAUUGUAUCAGUUCAACACAUUGGGCGAGGAUGAUGAUGUCCCAAUAUAUUCCUCAGAAUCUGAAGAAACAAAAACUUACGAACCUUUGCAACUGGAAAAUAUCACGGUCGUCGAUGAAUUGCCGUCGUUGAAUGCUACGUCUUCAAGUGCUGUUCUGAAUGUUCGUAAGGACGAAACACCUCAAAUCUAUGCCGUAUCUGGCACCGGCGAAUACUCAUUUUUUAACGCCGUCCAGUAUGGAAUAGAGGUUUCAGAGCUCAUUAGUUCACCUCUGCCUGCACAACCUCUUGCGGUAUUCACGACCAAAACUCAGUACUCCGACGAAUAUGAUAAAUACAUUGUUUUGUCUUUUGCCAAUGAAACGCUUGUGCUUUCGAUCGGAGACGAAGUAACUGAGGUCUCUGAUUCCGGUUUGGUUAAGAAUGUGUCGACCUUAGCUGUUCAACAAGUAGGACUGUCCAGUUUGGUCCAAGUUCAUGCGAAUGGAUUGGUACAUAUAAGCAAGGAUUCGAACGUGACAGAAUGGAAACCACCAAGCCAAUCCACGAUCUUAAUGUGCGCUGCCAAUAACACCCAAGUCAUCUUGGCAUUGUCGACUGCUGAGAUUGUUUACUUUGAAAGCGACACUGAAGGAAUGCUUAUUGAGUACUCACGUCGACAGAAAAUGCCAUCACCAGUUACUGCCCUCGGUAUAGCACCAGUGCAAAAGGGUCGUUUGCGGGGAUUUUUUGCUGCUGUUGGCUGUUCUGAUGAAACCGUUCGUUUACUGUCUCUCGCGCCAGGAUCAACCCUUGAAACUUUAAGUGUUCAGGGUAUUUCAGCCCCAGUAUCCUCUGUUGCCAUAAGUGAAAUCAAUACUGAAUUCAGUGUGCACAUCGGCCUGGACAAUGGCAUGUAUAUUGUCACGUCAUUCGACAGUGUCUCAGGUGAUCUAGGCGAUGCUCGAUCCAGAUUCUUGGGCCCGUACAAGGUUACAAUUGACCGCACCUGGACUUCUGAAACAAACCUUCAAGUUGUUGCUCUAUGUACAAAAGCCUGGGUUCACACCUCCUCAACAAGCGGCGCUGACCUGGUGCCUAUCUCCUAUGCACGGCUAAUAAGUGCCGCUCCUUUCUCCAGUGCUGAUUGUCCAAAAGGUACUGUGGCGGUUACGGAUAGUUCACUCGUAAUUUUGCAGGUUGACAGCAAAAGGGAGAACAUACACCAACGACAUAUUCAACUAUCCAAAACUCCGCGAAAGUUUAUUACGAACUCCUUGACAGCUUACUUUUACACGCUCUGUACCACUAAGAACCAGACGUCUAUUGAAGUUGUUGACGCGGUGAAGACAGAUUCAGUUCUUUCGAGAACCCAUAUUGAUGGAGUUAUGGGGCUGUCUAUCUGCAACUGUCGGUUUCAAUCUCGAAGCAAGGAAUACUUGGUGCUCUCUACAGCAAAAGUCGUCAAUUUGAAGCCAGGUACACCAGUAUUAUACACUGAUCCAUGUAUCAGCAUCUAUGAGUAUUCGGGAAGCCCAUUUGGAACUGGUCUUGAACUCGUGCACUCCACAAGUAUACCCUCGGUGGCACAUGCACUCGUGGGAUACAAAGGACUACUAUUAGCAGGAACUGGAGAUAGUGUUGUUUUGUUUGAUAUCGGAAAAAAACAACUUCUACGAAGAGGAGCCUGUGUUAUCAAGAACUCAAAAGACAUUCGAGCUUUAGCUGUGACGAAAGAUCGUAUUGUAGUCGGCGACAUCAAGCGAUCAGUCACAUUUGUGAUGGUUGAGAAAGAAGUUAUCGAUAGUAUUGAGGAGUUCAAACUCUUGCCAUUCGCAGAUGAGCCCAUCGCAAGAUCGAUUACUUCGCUGACGCUUCUAGACUACGAUACAGUAGCUGUGGGUGACCGCAGCGGUAAUCUAGCAAUCUUGCGUUGCCCAAAAUCUGUUUCAAACCUCUCCAAAGAUGUGAUUAUUAGCAAAGAGCAAGUGGCCAAUGGCUGUCCCUAUAAACUUGAGCUGCUAUGCCACUUUUACGUCGGUGACAUACCUAUUGGAUUACACCGGGCAUCUUUCACAACUGGAGGAUUCGAAGCAAUUAUUUGGGUGGGUAUAAAUGGGACUAUUGGAGGAUUUAUACCCAUCAUGUCGUCGCAGGAUGCUAAGUUCCUGCAAAAACUCGAGCAAGAGAUGAGGAGUUCAAAGCUGAGCUUUAAAAAUCUCGCAGGCCGGGAUCACUUAACAUAUCGUGGUUACUAUGCGCCUCCAAAAAAGGCCAUUGAUGGCGAUCUCUGCGAAGAGUUUCGUCGACUAAGCAAAGAGCUUCAACUGCAGGUCAGUGAAGCACUUGAGCGCGAACCUCACGAAAUUGAGCGUAAGCUUAUAGAGUAUCGUACGCGCAGUGUAUUUUAA